UAGUUAAGAGUAAUGAUUUAUUUAACUCGUCUAGUUAUAAAUGGUACAAGAUAUAGGACCUCGACUGAGUACAACUCGUGUCUGAGGCAGAAAUGCGACUAAGUCCGAAAACUAGGCGAACGCUCGGAGUCUAAGUCCAAUUACGGAAAAAUAGUUUGAGUCGCGAGUUGGGCAGAGCUUCGCUCUACCAGUAUGGACUCCGGAAUCCGAAAGAUGCUCCUCCUUGCUCUCCAUUGAUAUUUAUAGGGAAGAGGGCAAUGCAUAAGCAUAGGGAAGGUUCUGGCCAAUCAGGAAUUUGGGAGAGUGUGUGUCUCAGUGGGGGUGAGCUCCCCUUUUAUUAAUCAUCGCCCCUCAGUACGCGGACACUAGCUUGGUCAUCUGCAAUGGUUUUAUUUAUUGUAAUUUCCCUCAUUGUUGCAUCGAUUUCCAUUUAUUUGGGUCUAGUUGCCAGAGAUUUAUGGCUUCCUUAAUUACUGUCUGGCCGCCCCGGGGAGUCUCCCCCUGUUUGGCCUGGUUUAUUCAGGAUCGUCGCCCUUUCUUCUGCUGCCGCACGUGUCAGUCGCUGGCUCGUCCUGUCGCGUUCUGCGUUGCCGACCGUCGUUGGUUCGUCGGCCUCCGCUAUGCCUACCUUGUAACAGCCUCGGUUACCGUGUUAAGGUAACUUGUCGGUUUGACGUGAUAUUCGUAUUUGCUUUGACCGGCUAGUCUAGGUAAUGGUAGGCUGACGUGACAUAAUCCAUAAUGGCGGAAAGUGGGAGCUGCGCAGAAGAGGUCAAAAACGCGUUCACGUCUGGAACACACCUUGUUUUCCUUACACCAUGGGGUGUUCGGCUGCGGUGUUCGCUCGCUCGGCUUCGCCCUAUAUGCUCUCUGCAAAUCUUUAGUUCUAUAGUCUCUGCUGCUCCGGUUAAAAACAAAACUAGCAUUAUCACACAAUGAUGUAGUAAAUACAAAUAGCAUAGAGUCAUUCGAAUUUGCAAAAUUAUAAGUAUAUAUAGAUAUUAUACAAACUAUUUUAAUAAUAUUUAGAUUAUUUGCAAAUACAAACUUGAUGCAAGGAUAUUUCAGGUUCUCAUGAUUUAAUAUAGAUAAAAUACAUACAAACUUUGUUCUCAUCUUAAGGUAUUGAUGAAAAAUAAGAAUUGUUUGUAGAUGUGACCAAUAUGUGGGCAGUAUGCAUUUAGUCAUAUGUAAAUACAUUAAAGAACUAUAUAAAACUAAUAAAUUAAAAAUACAAUACUAACUGAGAUGUACUUUGCAAUUGCAAUAUAUAAUGAACUAAAAUCAAGAUUUGAAGUUUAUUAAAUAGAUUGUUAAUCAGCUAAGUACAUCAUAAAUCUAGAUAAGUGAAGAAUGUAGAAAAAACAAUUAAAUGUCAAUAUUGGGAUCAAAUUUGUUGAUGUUUUAAGCAUAAUUAAUUAUUAAACAAAAUGUCAAGUACAUAAAAAUUAAAAGGAAUCAAUUUUAAUAUUAAUACAAAGUUAAGGAUGUAGUUUAGACGAUCAUAAAUAAACAUUUUAUGAUAGUUCGAUGUUACUGUUAGAAUUUUUAAAAUGAUGAUGUGUUCAAUAUCUAAAGUAUUUUCUUUUUGUGAGCAAUAUGAUAUCAAAAUUAGAAGUAUGUUUAUGUGCUAUUCAAACAUAACGAAAAAUAUGACAUUAAUAUUUCUGAAACUAUUUGGUACUGAAGUAUUUCGAUUUUGGAUAAAUCAACUAUGUCAUUAGAUAUCAAUAUUAAGACAUUUACUAUUAAACAUUUAUUACUAGAGAUAUACUUGGUACAGCAUGCAAUCUUUCUUAUAAAAUGUUAUAAUGACCAACAUCUAAGAAGAGUAUAUGGUUAUUCUUUAAAAAUAUGCAGUUUUAUAAAAGAAAAAAAAGUGAUAUUAAAGCGAAAAUUUAGCACCGUGGCUACAUACGCUAAUGAACUGGACUCUGUUCAGGCAAAAGAGACUACCAACUUUGAGUAUGAUGACCAUGAAUGGGAUGUCAAGAUUGGAAACCUUAUUAUCGAUUUAGAUGCAGAUAUUGAAAAGACGCGAAACGAAAAACUAAUUUUUGAACACGGUAUGGCUUCUACGCCUUCCUUGUUGACUUCAAAGAAAAUUCAGAAUGUUGAAACCCUCACGUAUACAUUUCCUGAAAACGUAUCUCAUUCUGGCAACAUUAACUUAUCUUCCAUCGUAUCAACCUCUUCCUCAAUUGUACCAACAGUUAGUUGUAACACUAUAACACAUAGUUAUAAUUUAGUAAAUAUUGUAAGUACAGCCAGUAAUAGUUCUAAAGUUACAACUAUUACAAAUCGAACUAAUACAAACGCUGAUAUUCCUGAAACUAAUAUUCGAAAAAAAAUGACUGUUGAACAUUUAGCUUCCGCAGAUAAAGGCCUUAAAAUGAAAAUUAAGCGAACUAAAUCUGGCACUAAAUUUAGUGAAGCUAAACAUGAAAUUGUAAAAUCUAAUGAAGUAGAAAAUUCAACAUCGAAUCAAGAUGGUCAUUCAAUUGCUAAUUCUACAGUUCUAGAUUCUUCGUUAAUCGUUGUGACAUCAUCUUGUACAAAUAAUACAACAGAUAUACAAUCUUCUCAGUCACAACAUAAAAUGAAAUCUUCUCAAUUGAUUUCAACAGGAUCUAAUGUAGCUACAGUUAAUACAAUUAAAAAAAAUGUAUGUAAUCGACAUGAAAAAAAUCGUGAUAAAUAUGAGAAAUCGCAAAAUAUUAAUGUUUCGCAAAAUAUAGCAUCCGAUGUCAUUGGAUCAGUAAAUCAAAUUACUCUAAGUCAUUCACCUUCUAAAACAAUAUCAGAACCAUUUUGCUUAAGUACUAUGACAUCAGCAACAACAUCUUUACAUCCAAUUAGUUCUCCUUCUGUAAAUAAUUGUCAGUCGACUCAAAAUGCACUUGACAGUUAUUCUUCUGAUAUGACUGGUUCUUCAUCAUUAACAAAUGUGACUAAUGUUGAUGUGCAAAGUAAUACUGCAAUAACUAAUUUAUGUUCACAAAAAGUCAAUGAAUCACCAUUUAGCCUUAAUUCUGCUAUUUUUUCUUCUUGUCAAAAUAAAGCAGAUUUAUUUAAUAGUUUACCAUGUCAGUCCGGAAGAUCCAAUUUUAACGAAAAAACAGAUUUUAUCAGUGAUUCGCCACCUGCCAAAAAGAUGAAAAGUUUUGUUGGAAAAUUUGCAAAGGAAACAUCAGACGUUUGUGUAGGAACUAGUAUUGGUAUCAACACUGAACCUGAUUGCUUAGGACCUUGUGAACCUGGCACAUCAGUGACACUGGAAGGAAUUGUUUGGCACGAGACCAAUGGAGGCACUUUGCAGAAUAGACAAAUGGUGCGGCAUUAAGAAUUAUAUGAUUAAUCAGAAUCACGUUGGCAUCCUUGUAGUCAACAUUACUUGGAGAGGAAAGACAUACGUUGGAACAUUGUUAGAUUGUACUCGUCAUGAUUGGGCACCUCCCAGAUUUUGUGAUUCUCCAAC